AUGUAUGACUUCUAUUACACCAAACUGCUGAACGACCCAUCCAAAUUUGAGCCUCGGGCGGGCAACAGAUGGGUCGAGGUGUGGGAGCCAGAUGAUGGCGGUGGGCUGGUGUUGCUUGACCGCGAAAUUGCCGAGUCUGAGAUCACCACCAAGAUAGCUGCUCAUGCCUCUCUACAAUCAGAUAAGGCGGUAGACAAGGAUUUCAGCAACCAUCGUCUCCGACUCCAGCUUCUGAUUGGCAGUCCAGAGCAGCAUAAAAGCGACGCGCAGAUUCUACCCCUGCCAAUCUCUCAAAACACCUUUGAGGCUGUCAGAACCACGUGGAAUCUGCCCACAGAGCUGCUGCGCAUGAUGCUGAGCACAUUACCAAUAGCCACAGAAUUCCAGACCCAGGCUUUGACAGGGGAAUUGAUCACGGGGCUUAUGGCCAGGAGUGCAAGAUCGAGAGACUGGAAUUUUUGCCUUGGUCUUGUCUAUAAUGAGGACACCAAAGUCAUCUCCGGCAUCGUGAACGGUAUGCAAGCUGACGAGACGACACUGAUGCUCAAAUGUAUCCAGGAGUCCACCAACUAUCUGCAGGAUUCCAUGCUGCUACCAGUAUUUUUGCUGGAGCUAAAGGUCCACUAUUUCGCCGUGCUUCUUGAAUCGCGCGCCCAAGGCAUUGAGGAGCUUGAGUAUAGAACUGGCAUGAGACAUGGCUUCUCUACCAAUCCCAGCCGAAAUGCAGCAAGAGACAGAGCAAGAGAAAGACUCCUGAAAGAGCUCAACUUUGACGAGAUCACUCAAAAGCUUACAGGCGUAACCGGAACUUUGUCGUUUUGCGACAUGACAUUUGCUUCUAGCCUUAGAGCUUUGGAGAUCGUUUGCACUGUCCGAAAUCGACUCAACCACAAACGUCUCGAGGGCAGUGGCCUCACCGUCCAGAAUGGCCUUGACACGAGAAUUUCGUAUCUGCGUGAAUUGAUUGUUGGUGCUCAACUUCAUGGACAGGUCUUGUCCGCGCGGACGCGGGCUCAAGUCCAGACAGUCAGAGCCUCGACUAGCUCCUGUGCUUGUCAAGUUGCUGAUCCGUCUUUGCAGGUCUACAGCAUGAUCGGUCAAAAGGAUAACAAUCUCAACAUCGAGACCGCAGCGACUUCCCAAAUGAUCGCGAGAACCGGCCUCGUUCACAGCAACGCCAUGAGGGACAUGGCCGAAGAUUCGAGGAAUGUUGCCAUUCUCACCCGCAAGGACAGCACCGAUAUGCGUAUCAUUGCAGUGGUGACCCUGCUUUUUCUUCCGGGCACUUUUAUGGCGACCCUGUUCAGCUCUGGCUUCUUCAUGUUUCUCCCUCGAGACUCCGACCAGGUUGUUUCAAAGUGGAUAUGGCUAUACUUCGCCUUGACCGGAGCGUGCACCUUUGUGGUCUUCUUGGCAUGGUAUCUGUCAUCCAAGAGACAGAACAAGGAGAUGCUGAUCGUGAUGAAUGGAGACAAACGUCCGUCCGUGCCAGCGAAUGUUUCGCUUGAACCAGAGCAUAGGGUGGCCACGAUGAUCACGACACCACCGGCUCUGUCGACCUUGUGGAUGGAGCGCUCCAGAUCAACUGGUGAUAUCGACCCGUUUGUGUCUUUGGGGAGCUCAUCGGACCCUGUCAAAUAA